GUUUUUAGAAAUCAUAUAUUUUAUUAUUUUAAUACCUCAGUGUUUAUUUACUCGUAAUUCUUAAUAAUGGGACGAGAAAGGAGAUCUUCUUCAACAGAAGAAUAUGAGUGUGUAGAUUCAUACACAUUUCCUAACAGAAGCCGAACGAGAAGCAGAAGUCCGACUCAUCACAGUGCAUCGUCUUCCACUCGUAAUAAUCGCGUUUCAAGCUCUUCUGUAUCGAAAAGAAGUCCGCGCAGAGAGGACCGAUUUCGCAGAACGAAUUCGCGUUCUAGGCAGAGAUCUCAUUCUCAGGAAGAAGGACGUAAAUCAAGACGCGAAGGAAAUGUCAAAUUGACUAAACCAACUUAUGGAGGACCGAAGGAACCUCUUGUUUUGGAUUCUAAUAUCCAAGUGACUCGUAUAGUGACAGUUCAUCCUCGACUGGAUGCAAAAGCUCGACACAACUCAGAUAGAAAUACAUCACGUCGGAAUCUAGCAGAACGUGAAGAAACCCAUGGAAACUCUUCGAGCCGCGAACGUGGAAGCCCUCCGUGGAAGCGCAGACAAAAUUCGUCAAAUAGAGCAACAACUCGCGAAACUCGAAACCGCUCGCGAGAUAAUAGAAAUCGAGGAACAGAACCGCGAAGAAAUUCAAGAGACAGGCUCAGAGAUCGCAGUAGAAAUACGUCCAGAGAUCGCAGACUUGAGAGAUCUCGCUCUGGUCAAGUCAGCAGUCGAUUUUCUGGCCGAAAUGGGUAUGACGAUAGAGCAGCUAGGAACAGAAAUACCUCCAGAUCGACAAAUAGAAGAAGAUACAGUCGAGGCAGCAGACAGGAAAGCGACGAAUAUUCGCAUUCAUCGCAUCGAGAGUCGUACGAAGAGUCGGAAAGAUCACAAUUAGAAGAUGAUCUCGAGGGCUCUGAAAAUUCAAACGAAAAUCAGGAAAAUAAUGAAGAAGAACUUACGCCUAAUGGAGCUCCGGUCGCUUAUUUUGUUAGACCUCCUCCGCCGAUUACACCAAUAUGGGCUCCGUAUCCAUACCGGCCUCAUCCGCCUUUGUUCCAUCCACUGAGACCACCUUUAGGAAUACCUCCUCCUAUGGGUUUCGUACAUCGGCUACCAAGGCUUAUUCCAUAUCCACGACCACCUCCUCCUCCUGGAUUAUAUUAUCCAAGACCUCCUUUGCCUUUGCCGCCACCUCCAAUGUAUCGUAUUGAAGGUGUUUCGAACACUACAAAAGCAUGACACCCGAUCUCUAAAUUUCCUUUUGAAUCAAAGUGAAUCGAUUUAUUUUAUACGUAGGGUAUAUUUACUCGAAUUUUCAACUUUUGCUUACCAGAUAAUGCCGAAUUAGGAAGGUGUUAGCAUUUAACACGACGAAAAUUUCGUGAAUGUAGUUUUUUAUAAUGUAAAAAUUAUCAAAUUCGUAUCAUUUGUAAAUAUUUUUAUAUACUGUUGUGAAUUAUUUCGAUUUUAGAUGUAUUAUUUUAAGGUCAAGACCGCCAUUGUACUCAGGAUGAUGUGUUGAUUAAAUAAUAAAAAAAACAUUAUGAUAUUUCACAGUAUUGUUCAUUGCACAACUUCAAAUUCACUUUUAUACAGUAUAUAUGCUCCCGAAUGAUCGAAUUUCAGAUUAAUCGCCAAAAUACUAAUCACGAAUUAUAUUUCGAGUAAAAUAAGCGAAAUAAUUUCAACCAAGUGCACUACUUAUCCACAUUCAUUUCCGGUUACC